AUGGUUCUCGUGAACAGCCUAAACCUGCACCCAAGGUUCUCAAGCAGGACUUCGUGGCUUAUAAAAGUGAUGGCACCACCACCGAGGCUUUUAAACGACUUGCUCGAGGGAGACGUGAAAUAUAUAUUAGUACACUACAUUGGGAAAUGCACAGUAGCAUUAUCCGAUCCAAAAUAUGAGAAGCGUUUGGAUACAUCCCUCCACCAUGAAUCCCAGAUAGUGAACAGUUACGCGAGAAUAGCUGGUUCUGGAGAUGAAGAUGGUGGAGAUUCGGAGACCAGGGAUAUGGAAUGUGAUCAUGAUCGUGCAAAUACUAACUCUCCUACUUUCCUGGCCUCCUUAGAUGAAGUUAGCUCAAGGAAAAGGACACAUGACCCUGAUAUGGUAAAUCGUGUGAAAACUCCUAAACGUUCAGAAAACGAACGAGUAAUUGAAAACAAUUUGAUAGACAUCAUAACCACCGAAAGUGUUAGUCAUCAACAUGAUGAAAGACCGACCAACUUCAGGUCACUCACCGAAUAUUUGCUGAACAAACGUACUCAUAUCUUUAUCGCAAGACGUGUGUUGAACCAGACAAAAUACUGGGAGAAAAGCACCAGAUUUCCUACCUUUGACAGUCCAUGUUUAUCAUUAAUCGCUGACAUCGACUGUAAAUGGAGAAAUGACCUCACAGAAGUCAGUGGCAGGUUGAAGUGGUCACGACUUAACCCGGAUGUUCUCGGCGAAGACCAGUGCAAGGAGACGUAUGACAGACUGGUAUCUGCUGUCAUAGUAGGUGCAUAUCACAUGAAGACGGACAUCACAGAGUUUGUUGACACCCUCUAUAUGUAUCCACCGCAUGUGAUGGGUGACAAAGCCGUGACAGAUGACGACGAUGGGACGGAUCCUCAGAUGUGCAAGGUGGGGCCCCACAACAUACAGAGGAAUCAUCUCCUCGAUCAAACAGCAUGGCUUGGCGAUGAGGUGAUGAAUGCAUACAUGCAUGUCCUGAAGACCAUGUGGAAUAGGAUCCACAGCCGUCACUGCGCUGUACUUGAUUCCUUCCUUGUCAACCAUUGGGAGAAAGACGAGUAUGACGUGCACCCCUUCAAGGAGGAACUUGGAACUUACACGUGGAUCCUGAUGCCAGUGAACAUGCCACUGAAUCAACACUGGGUGCUUCUGGUCGCCAAUGCCCAGGAUGGAACAGUCGGCGUGGUCAACUCUAAGCCUGUCCUUGAUGUAGGGGACAAACUUAUACAACAUUGGAGAAAAUAUACUCGCAGUUUGAGGAGAGGUGAUGGGUCAGUGGUCACAUGGACAAAGACAGAAUAUCCAGUACUGAGUCAAAGAGAUGGACAUAGCUGUGGCGUGUUUGUGAAUAUGGCAGCAGAAGCUGUACUGUCGGAGGUGCCUCCCAGUGUCAUGAGAAGCUGCCACACUGUCUGGUACAGGAAGUACAUCUGGCGCAGGUUGCGAGAAUAUGCUGGUGAACAUAUUCCGCCUGAUACUGACACACAUAUGCUUGAGUCUCCAUGUGAAAAGCUGACAAAUAAUCCAGCGUCAACGAAUGCCAGAGCGUUUGCGUAUACAAUAGUCAAUACGUCGACCAGCAUAGAUGAUACGAGAUACAGUUUGCAUAAAGCAGCCAGCCUCGGUGAUAUUAGACGCAUGCACUUGUUGAUAGACCAGGGGGAGCCUGUAGUAAGUACCGAUGACCGAGGAUGGACGCCUUUGCACUGUGCCUGUGAAAUCGGUCACGUUGAAGCUGUCUCUGAUCUGGUUUCCAGGAGGACGGGCGACGUACAAAAUAGAGCUCAACUUACAUUGUACAAUCCUGUCUUUGGAACGGAGUAUAUGUGUCUAGCAGGAGCAUAUCCACUCCACAUUGCUUGUUUAAAUGGACAUGAGAAUGUAGCGCACAUUUUGAUCAAUAGCGAGGCAAAUGUUGACGACAAAAGUGAAAAUGGAACAACAGCUCUUUUACUUGCUUCUAUUAACGGACAUGAAUCUGUAGCUGCACUUCUGAUCAAGUGUGGUGCAAGUAUUACAGCUGAAGACAAUGACGGAGGGACGGCACUACAUCAAGCUUGCGUGAAUGGACAUGAAUCUGUAGCCGCACUUCUGAUCAAGUGUGGUGCAAGUAUUACAGCUGAAGACAAUGACGGAGGGACGGCACUACAUUUAGCUUGUGUGAAUGGACAUGAAUCUGUAGCCGCACUGCUGAUCAAGAGUGGUGCAAGUAUUACAGCUGAGGACAAGGACGGAUGGACGGCACUACAUAUGGCUUGUCAGAACGGACAUGAAUCUGUAGCCGCACUUCUGAUCAAGAAUGGUGCAAGUGUUGCAGCAGUAACGACACAUGGAGUUACGGCACUAUAUACAGCUUGUCAGAAUGGACAUGAAUCUGUAGCCGCACUUCUGAUCAAGAGUGGUGCAAGUAUUACAGCUGAGGACAAGGACGGAUGGACGGCACUACAUAUGGCUUGUCAGAACGGACAUGAAUCUGUCGCCGCACUUCUGAUCAAGAAUGGUGCAAGUGUUACAGCUGAAGACAAGGACGGAUGGAUUAAAGAGACAACAUUGAAGAUGUUUGGAAACUCUCAAAAACAGCCAGAACUACCCUUGGGAGAUAUACCAAAACAAGUUUCGCCUUUUGUCAACAAUCUGAGCGGGUGUAUAUCCAAUGACAACAACAGAAUCCAACAUACCAAUGUGGAAGCAAUGCCUUCUAACACACAAUCACCGUCUGCUUGGAGGAAAACUAGCUUCAAUGUCCAACAGCAAGGAAGAGAACAGUAUUGCACAAGACCAGACCACGGUUACGGUGAUACUAUAACCUUACAAGUGCCCCCGUGUGUACUGGACAGUCAACCGCCAGGUUGGGUAUCUAAUAUUCCCUUCACACACAGAAACCCCAUCGUGCCAAGACCAACGACGGGACCCUCCAAUCGAGCCUCCAGGAGGAGUCACCGGCAGUUCCAACACACAGAUGAACUGUGGCUUCCCUACAACCACAUAUCCCCGAACAAUACAAUCUGUUCCUCCACCAUCUGAUUUCUUUUCCGCUCUGCAAACGGAUAUGAACGCUUCCAUGCCAGGACAAGUCAUGUCUCCCUUGAAUGUUAUCUCCAUUCAGAAUCCGCCUGGAAUUUCCACACCUACCAGAGGGUGGGCAGCCAAUUCCUUUGACAGGAACUUCUCAGUCCCUAGCGGGGCAGUACCAAGGACAACUGGGAAUUCUCUGAACUUUCCAUUGUAAUUAACAGAAAGCACAAUUUGGCUCAUGCUUGAAGUAUAUUUUACACACAUGGACAAUAACAUGUAUUACCACAACAACAAUGAACUAAAUUUUCAUUCGUUUUACAAUUAAUCGUUAUGAUAAUGUUGAACUGUGGUCAUGUAUUUUGUUUCAUAACAUGUUUCAACGCCAUAAUGUAGUUGAAAGUUUGUUUCGUAACCAUUAUGGCACGUGCCAGACCUUACAAUCACAUUUACUUGUUAAGUACACAGCUAAGACAAAAUGGAUUUUAUUUUUGUUUGUUGUUUUACGCCGCACUCAGCAGUAUUCCAUCUAUAUGACGGCAGU